AUGAAUAUUUCAGAGCAAAAAUAUCGGGAGAAGCAAGAGAAACUCAACAAGAUCGAUUUGGGCUCGACUACAACUGGGUUUCGAAAAGAGACUACAAUAACGGUACCCGUUACAACACCAACUGCUCACACGACAGAGCUUCUUGAAAUCACUACUCAGAAUGGGAUCCCAGUAACAGUGCAGGAUACACCGGCGACAACUGUCUGGAAUGAACAUCCAAAAGUACCAGAAUGGUUCGUAUUAGAUUCCUCUACACGGAAAAUUGAAACAACAACACUAAAAACGUUGCCGGAAACAACCACAAGUUGGGUGUCCGCAAUUCAGACGACGACAGAGGAAAUAAAAGAAGAAGAAGAAGAGACGACGACGACGACGAGCACUGAACCAACUACUACGGCAACAGAAACAACUAGUGCUAGAUCUAGGCAACGCCAACCUGAGCCAGCAACUCCGGAAUUGAAAAAUGAGGAGCGUGAUGUAACUAUAGUAACAGGACUCAUUGACAUUGGCAGAGGAGAUUGGUGGCAAUAUCGAAGACCAUUGGAAAAGUACCACAUGUUUAUGGAGAAUGUUUUAUCACUUCGCAACAAAAUGGUGAUAUUUGUCGAUGAUCAUAGCUACGAUUUUGCACUGAGUUAUAGGAAGAAGUUGGGACUUGAAGAUAUGACACGGGUUUACAAGAUCUCGAUAGAAGAACUUCCGUUGUACGGGUAUAUUAACGAAGCUCGCGAGAUAAUUAAAGCCGAGCUUGCUAAUGACACAUUCUACUCAAAAGUUGCCGAUGAAGAUAUGAAGACACAUCCGGAGUCAAAAAGUGCUGAGUAUAACAUUGUUGUCAAUUCGAAGACGCAUUUUCUGCACAAUGUCACAAUUGAUAAUCCAUUCGAUACCGAUUAUUUCAUUUGGCUUGAUGCCGGAUAUGGUCACGGAAAUCAGAGCGUCUUCCCGUACAAUAAUGUAUGGAGACCAGCAUUCCCUGAUAAAAAGAUUUCGCUUAUAAAGUUAACACCCGUCUAUGACAAGCUUUCGAGCUACAAUCUUGAUAAGUUAUACCGCAAGAAUUGGGCGGUUUUGAGUGGUGGAUUUAUCGCUGGCGAUAAACACUCAAUCGGACAAUUGCAUCAUCUAAUAUCUCGCAAGUUCGUGCAAUUGAUUUAUCAGAAGUACGUUGAUGAUGAUCAAACCCUUCUCGUGCUUGCUGUCAACGGACAUCCACAUCUGUUUAACAUUGUGCAUGGAGAUUGGUUUGAUGCUUUCAAGUUGUUUAGUGUAGACGCCGAAGAGCAAUUGGGUUAA